AUGCCUUAUCGGUUAGACACCCACGUCUUGACGGUAGACGCCAACGUCAUUCACAAGGUCGACACCGCCAAUCCUGCCAACCUGCAUGACAUGUGGACGGUGUUUUCUCGCUGCGCCGAUUCCGUGGAGCAGGGCAGACGACUAGAAAACCUGAGUUGGCGCAUCUGGCAAAGAGAACAGCUCGUCGAAUCAAAGAAAACCGCCGCCUUUGGCCCUUUCAACCCCACGACCUCGACCACCAUCCCCACCACCGCCGCCGCCGCCGUCGCGACGGCCACUCUUCCCCGAAACGUCCCUUGUCAAUCGAGACUCCAAGAGCUGCCUCAACUAUCCGGCAGCGUCGAUUCCUUGGCCGACGACGAGACUGUCGAAAUCACGUCUGUAUCAGCACCUCUCGAAAUCCGACCCAGGAUACACCGGCUUGACUCGUCCACCAGCCGACGGGACCGUCACAUCAGCUCCGACGACUACGAAAAGAUGGUAUCGUCCAUUGUCAACGACAAGGCUCCGCUGUCCGCCCCCUCGCAAACAUCACCCCUGAUGCCGGCCCCCCGGAAGCAGCAUCGGCAGCAGCAGCAGCAGCAUCAUCAGCAGCAUCAUCAUCAUCAGCCUACCGCUUCAAUGCCCCCCCCCGCGUUUGAGCGCUCUGGAUCGACAACCACCGAGUCGCAAACUUCGGAAGCCCCCUCGGAAGAGUCCAACUGCUCGCCCAUUCCCCCCCCCGCUGCCGCGGUUGCUCGAGCACGGCGAGCCCCCACAUUCCCCGAGCCGACUUGUGCUGCUUCGUCCGACGACGCUCUGCCCGCGCCCAGCUCAUCACCCGCCGCCAAACACGUCCACCCGAGGAAGCAACCCGCUCGAUUUGCCCUAGGCGGAUCCUGCUCGUCGAGCGAGCGAAGCCGGAGCAUGGAGCACCUCGAGGUCGCCGUCGCAUCAGGCAAGAAGCCCCUGUUCCAGAUUGGCGACUCGUCGGGAGAAGACUCGCUGCAGAGCGGCCCCCGCUCGGCCAUGCUGCCGCCGCCGCACCCGCACAAGACGCACAGCAGCAACCCCCUGGGCUUGAUUCCACAGCCGCCCCUGCCACACCACGGCGGCGGCGGCGGCGGCGGCGGCGAGUCGGCAGUCGACUCCGACACCGAGGCCGAGUACGUGGACGAGAGCGCCAUUGACGACGGCGACGAGGACUGGGAAGACUCGGUCGAGGACAGCGGCAGGUCGAGCGUCGACGACAAGUUCUUCCAGCGAGUCGAGUCCAAGGCGCGACUGGCCACGCGGCCCUCGCUCAUCACGCUCAUGCUGGCGCAAAACGACCGGGCCAAGACGCUGGGCAACACGGCGUCGCAGUCGACGCCCGCCAUCCACCGAUCGCGCACGACGCCCGGCGGGCCCUGCCUGGGCGGCGGCUCGCCAAACGACUCGGACGAAGCGCCCCUGAUGAUGAAGGGCAUGCGGCACUCGGCGCUGAAGCCCAUCAGCGAGAUUCCUCGGUCCAGCGCGCAGCCCAUCGUCAGCACCGCCACCCACGUUCCCUACCAGGCGGCGCUGUCUCCCCGAACGACGCGCCGCAACAUGCUGGCGACGGAGCUGACGGAAUCCCUGCGACGGCAUCUGCUGUGGGAGCGGCAGCAGAAGACGCUGACGGUCAAGGCCGCGCUCAAGCGUCGCCACACGUCGCACGACGUGGCCAACCUGAAGCAGUACCCGGACAAGGUGUGCAUGAAGCCCAGCGAGGACGUGGAAGCUCGGAGCUGGAACCAAUACUUUUCCAAGGAAGCGCUCAACGGGUACCACUCGAAGGGAUGGUGA